UGGACUCUCUCUUUUUUUUAAACAACAAUAUUUAUUUAAUGUUGGCACUCAGUUAAAUUUAAUUUUCCGCAUUUAGUUUAAUUUGUGAUCUUUUUCGAAACGGUUGGACAUUCUUUUUGUCAUGUACUAAAUUUAUUCAAAACAGAAAUAAAAACUCAUUUAUUUGUCUACAAAUAUUCCGCAAUCGAUCAAAAAAUGGCAAACAUACAGUUGCAAAGUGCAAUGAAAUUGCACUUGGAAUCUGUGGAUCGUAUUGGAAGCAUUCCAAUUGUCGAAAACAGUAUCAAACGAGCCGAAUACAUUUAUAACCAAGUUAAAAACAACAAUCGAUUAUUUAACUGGUAUUUCGAAACAGCUGAAGCUACCAUUUUUGCCGCCCUUGAAUCAGUACAGCCGGCUGUUAAGCUUUUUGAGGCACCUCUUAAGCGCUUGGAUGGAAUGAUGUGCAAAAGCUUGGACAUUUUAGAACAACACAUGCCUUUGGUGUAUUUGCCUCCAGAAAUGAUGUACUGGAACACUCGAGAAUACAUGUCCGAUCAUUUGGUGAGGCCAGUUCUGAAACGAGCCGAUUCGGUUAAGCAAAUGGGACAGGCCGUUCUCGAAAAUCCCCUUGCUGAGUACGCUGCUGAUCGUAUAGAUGGCGCAUUUACUGUUGCGGAUAUGUAUGUUGACAAGUAUUUGACAGUUGAUGCAGAACAAGAUCAAGUUGAUGGGGUCAUUAUUAUUUUAGCAACAAACGAACAAAACGAAGCAUUGAAAGAUUCAAACGAAAAAAUUGCAAUUAAGGCAAUACAUCAUGGUCAAAGGUUCUCAAGAAAGCUUAAGCGACGUCUGACUCAGCGUACAUUACUUGAAGCUAGAGCUUUGAAGAAACAGAGCAAGGAAGCAAUACAUGUGCUUUUAUAUGCCGCUGAAUUGAUUGCAACUGAUCCUAAAAUGGCUCUGCAAAAGGCCCGUGAACUCUGGAGUUAUCUUAGCGAAGAUGAGCCUGAAAAUCAAGCUCGCCCCAAUACUAUGGAACAGUUGAUUGUACUUCUAACGAGGGAAUCAGCUCGCCGAAUAGUUCAUUUGAUAAACUUUACUACCGGAGUUGCACAAACUAUUCCAAGAUCAGUUGUUCAUUCUUCAGCUGUGUUGCUUCACCAAAUAAUCCUACUUAAUGAUCAGCUUAUCAAGGUUACAAAAUUGGACAAAGUCAAAGACCUUACUAAAGAAGAAGCCGAAAACCUUAUCACCAAGUCAUUGACCUUCUAUGGAAAUUUGUCAAAUUUAACAUCCAGCUAUCUUGAACGUGUUGCAAUCUUUCUUUCGGGCCGAAUUGAAGCUGAAAAAAUUUCAACAAACACUAUUAGUACUCCAAGAAGAAGAAUACAACCUCGACAAAAUGAUACACCAACUCAUAAUAACAUUAAUGGGAUCUACUGAGUUAUUGAGUUGUAUAUAAUUUUUAUGUUGUUAUUUUAUGAAAUGUUGUAGAUGUUAAAAUUAAAAUUAUUAUAUACAACGAUGUACACUUUA